ACAGAGCCGCAGCAGAGACCAGACCUCUGGGUGCCGUGGAUCUGCACCCAACCCUGCACCAUCUCUGAAUCCUGCCAACUUAAACCAGCUGCAGGAAUCCCGCGAUGAAUCAAAAGUGAAAGCGUCGGGAUCUGUGCCACUCGUUUGUCUCCCGGAAUCAGUUUGGUGAUGGUGAACCAGUGUUUCCUGAGGACCUGAUAGAAGACUGGAUGUGGUUGUAACUAUGGUUAUGUCAGGGUGGGGGGCGUGGACCCUCUCCCCCUGUUGCCUUGUGCUGGUCAUCUGUUCGUCUGUGUGUCUGUCCCAGGAGCCUCACAUCAAACCAGCAGACUGUAGUAGAAAGGAACAUCCCGUUGUCUCCUACCAAGAGUUGAGGCCAUGGAUGUCAGCGUUCUCCCAUCCAGGAGUGAAGGAUUUCUCCCAGCUGGCCUUGGACCUGAGCAGAAACCAGCUCAUUGUGGGAGCAAGAAACUUCCUCUUCAGACUGACUUUGACCAACGCCUCGCUCAUACAGGCGACAGAAUGGGCACCCGAUGAAGACACAAAGCGCUCAUGUCAGAGCAAGGGGAAGUCUGAGGAGGAGUGUCAAAACUACAUCCGGGUUUUGUUGAUAAGUGGGAGGACGCUCUUCACGUGCGGGACCAAUGCUUUCACCCCCGUCUGCAUAACCAGGCAGAUUGGUAACCUCAGUCAGGUGUUGGACACAGUGAACGGUGUUGCCCGAUGUCCCUAUGACCCGCGUCACAACUCCACCGCCAUGGUAACAGAGAGGGGCGAGUUGUACGCUGCUACGGUGAUUGACUUCUCGGGACGUGACCCUGUCAUCUACAGGAGCCUGGGGAACAUGCCGCCACUGCGCACCGCCCAGUACAACUCCAAAUGGCUCAACGAGCCUCAUUUCGUGUCUGUUUAUGAGAUUGGUCGGUUUGCCUACUUCUUCCUGAGAGAAACUGCAGUUGAAAACGAUUGUGGGAAGAUGGUGUUCUCUCGCGUGGCCCGGGUCUGUAAGAAUGAUAUGGGUGGCCGUUUCCUUCUUGAGGACACCUGGACCACCUUCAUGAAGGUCCGACUCAACUGCUCACGCUCAGGAGAAAUCCCCUUUUACUACAACGAGCUGCAGAGCACCUUUUACUUACCAGAGCAGGACCUGAUCUAUGGUAUCUUCACCACCAAUGUGAACAGUAUAUCAGCUUCUGCAGUCUGUGCCUUCAAUCUGAGCUCCAUCACCCAGGCCUUCAAUGGACCCUUUCGCUACCAGGAGAACCCCCGCACUGCCUGGCUCUCCACCCCAAACCCCAUACCCAAUUUUCAGUGUGGCACACUGGAGGAGGGAGGCCCCGGGGGGAACCUGACAGAGCGCAGCCUCCAGGACGCCCAGCGACUCUUCCUCAUGAAUGAUGUGGUCCAGCCGGUCACCAUCAACCCUCUGCUAACCCAGGACAACCUGCGCUUCUCCAAACUGGUAGUGGACAUUGUGCAGGGCCGAGACACCCUCUACCAUGUCAUGUACAUCGGCACUGAAUACGGCACCAUCCUGAAGACUCUCUCCACAGCCAAUAAAAGCCUUCAUGGCUGCUACCUGGAGGAGCUCAGGAUCCUCCCUGAAGGGCAAAUCGGACCAAUCAAGAGCCUGCAAAUCCUGCACAGUGACAGAUCUCUGAUUGUUGGGCUUGAUGACAGACUGGUGAAGAUCCCAUUAGAGCGCUGCUCCAGCUAUCCAACUGAACGUCAUUGCAUGGAAGCUCGGGACCCUUACUGUGGCUGGGAUCACAAACAGAAGCGCUGCACCACCAUUGAGGAGAGCUCCAACAUGAACCAGUGGACCCAAAACAUCACUGAGUGCCCAGUGAGGAACCUGACACAGGAUGGCGGUUUUGGUCCCUGGGCACCAUGGCAACCAUGUAACCAUGAUGAUGGCGAGGGCUCCAUCAGCAGCUGUGUGUGUCGGUCCCGCUUGUGUGACGGACCCGUGGCUCAAUGUGGUGGGGUCCAAUGUAAGGGCCCAACUAUCCAGGUGGCAAACUGUUCCAGGAAUGGCGGCUGGACUCCCUGGUCUUCAUGGGGCCAGUGCAGCAGCACUUGUAGUAUCGGAUUUGAAGUGAGGCAGCGGUCCUGCAACAACCCCUCGCCUCGCCAUGGUGGUCGAAUCUGUGUUGGCCAGGGUCGAGAGGAGAGGCUGUGCAAUGAAAAAAAGCCAUGUCCCCUGCCAGUAUUGUGGACAGCGUGGGGCCCCUGGGCUCACUGCAGUGCUGAAUGUGGAGGGGGGGUCCACUCCAGGACCAGAACCUGUGAGAAUGGCAACAGCUGUCCUGGAUGUUCCAUGGAGUAUAAGGCCUGUAACCUGGAGGCCUGCCCUGAGGUCCGCCGCAACACCCCCUGGACCCCCUGGAUGCCAGUCAACGUCAGUCAAGACGGGUCAAGGCAAGAGCAGAGAUUCAGGUACACCUGCCGGACGCUGCUCCCAGACCCGCAGCAGCUCCAGCUGGGCAAGAAGAAGGUGGAGACCCGGUUCUGCCCCAAUGACGGGUCUGGAGCCUGCCAAACUGACUCUCUGGUUGAAGACUUGGUGAAGACUAGUGGGCAAACUCUGUCGCUGCCCCAAGGUGUGCGCUGGGGAUUGUGGGAAACGUGGUCCAGCUGUUCUCAGAAGUGCUCCAGAGGCUUCCGAACCCGGAAACGUAGCUGCUCAACGGCAGAGGGCAGGACCAACCCCAGCGCCUGUGUAGGAUCCCCGGUGGAAUAUCAGGACUGCAACAUUCAACCCUGCCCAGUGAGUGGAGCCUGGUCUUGCUGGUCCUCCUGGUCCCAGUGCUCAGCCAGCUGUGGGGGCGGACACUACCAGCGGACUCGGACGUGCAGCAGCCCACCCCCUGCCAGUGGAGGAGACAUCUGUAUAGGCCUGCACACUGAAGAGGCACUCUGUAAUACACAUGCCUGUGAAGGUUGGGGUGAAUGGACAGAGUGGGGGGACUGUGAUGAGGAGGGUCUGCAGCAUCGCACCCGUCGCUGUGGUGAGGACCAGGAGGCUGAGGCCAGUCUCUGUAAGGGCAACAUCACCCAGUCUAGGCCAUGCCAGCCUCAUGAGGUGCCAGUCAUUUUACCCGGACAGGAGGACCAAAGCUGUGGAACCUUUACUUUGUUCCAGUUGGUAGCUGUGGGCUCAGCCAGUUUCUUUGCAGCAGCGUUACUGUCAGCACUUGCCUACUCCUACUGCCACCACCUGAACCGACCAUCAGCAGAGUCAUCAGUCAUCCACCCAAGCACACCCAACCACCUCACCUACAACAAGCAGGGCAACGCCACGCCAAAGAAUGAGAAGUACAUCCCCAUGGAGUUUAAGACGCUAAACAAGAACAAUCUCCAUGUGAAUGAUGAAACGUGCAACCACUUCCCCUCCCCGCUGCCCUCCAGCAAUAUGUUCACCACCACCUACUAUCCUCCCAGCCUGAGCAAGUACGACUUCCACCCAGACUCCCCCUGCAGGACCUACAUGCACAGCUGAGAGGAGGCCAAACCAACCCUCGUUACUCACCCUCAGUCACCCUCAAGUGUUUCCUCAUUCAAACAAAUACACCAAGAUUUUGAUAGAUUAUCCUGUUGGUCAAGGUAGUCUUAAAGUAAACACCAAAUUACACUUAUCUUUUGUGAUAUCUUGCAAUGCAGGUAGUUUCGGUUUUAUUUGCCCAGAUUUUGAGACAUCUGAAUUUUGUUUAUGUUGCUGACUGAAACUAAAAAUUACAUUUAAAAAAAAUUCAGCAGCAACAUCUCUUUCCAAAAAACAAUGUUUCCUUUAUUCUGGAUACUCCACAGACCUCCCUGCAAACAGUAACAGGGACUAUUUCUUCAGUACAAAAAGUUGUUCCAAUUUACCAAUUGUGUGUAGCAACUCAAUUUAACAUUAUUGGCUCUUAAUUACACAUGUUAAAUGUUCACUUCACCCACCCUGUGGUGCUCAGGGCAGUGUGGAAGCAGGGUAGGACCCAGAGCUCCAGGCCUUCAACUAGCCUUCAGACAUUGCAUGUACCCGGAUAUCCACCGGACUGAGAAGAGACUCAUUUGCUGGUUAUUGUUUUGGGGACUCAGUACUACUGUAUAUUGUUCUAUAGACUUGACACUAGUUAAGUGAUUGGCUGUCAGUAAAGACUGAUAUCUAUGAGUAAAAACCAGACAAUUGAUGUGUUCUUCAUCCGUCACUGUGUGUGAAUGGAGCGAAGAAAUGAACAGAGACUUGCAGAUUUCUGGCUUAUUUGCUUUAAUUUUCAUGUUUAGCAGCGUCCACAUCGGAAAACAACACUGAAGAGGACAUUUUUGACACACCUCACUAUGUACUGUACAUGGGUGAAAAUGUUGAAGUUUGAAAGUUUGUUGACCUUUCUGUCAGCAGGUUAUAUGAAUUAUUGUAGGGGUGUUCACAGAUGUCACUAUUGAUAUUUGUAUCUGUAUCUGCUGAAACAAAAUGAUUCAAUUUUGUGAACAUAUGGGGCAUUUUUUUGUCAGUCACACUCUUAUUUUCCGGACGUUAAUGUAUUUAGGUUAUUGUUAAAAAAUCACCAAAUAUAAUACAGCUAUACCUGUAUAUUUCACGAACACACCAUCAAUCAGCCACAGGCUUUUCAAAUGAGUCAACACUUUCAACUGCAGUGCCAUGCAAAAUGUAUGUAUAAUGUAAUGUAUGUAUAACAGUGAUGGAUUAACUUGCUCAAGCAGGUUUCAAGUCUCUACAUUUUGUUUUUAUAGCGUACUGAAUUGAAUGGUUUGAAUUUGUGAAUUAAGAAAUGCAAGGUGGACUAUAACUGUGUUUUUCUCUUACAUUUCUGAACACAAGUAACACUGAGCAAAUUAGGAGAGAGCAAAAAACACUUUAUUUGGCCUUUUACACUCUUUCGUGUUCAUCCAGGUGCUCCAGUUUGCUCCCACAGUCCAAAAACAUGCAGGUUAGGUGAACUAGAUACUCUAAAAUUAGUGUGAAUGGCUGUCUGUCUACAUGUGUUGUGUAUGAGGUAUAAAUGCUCUUAAGUGUCACAUAACCUGGAUAACAUUACCGGUGCUUGUAUAAAUGUGUCUCACAUUUCUGUUGCUUGUUUCAACAAACUGUGGAUUAUGUCAGCAUUGUUCUUGCUGGAGUGUUACAUGUUCCCAGUGAAAUACAUAUUCGGUAAUGCCUUUGUUUUAGGGGUCUGUAAUUUCAGAAUAAUUUCCAAGAAUUAUCCUGGAAAAACAAUGUAAUUUGGAACAAAUUAUAGGGAAAAUAGAAAUGUCCUUGAUGUAAUUGCUUAAUUUAAAGCUAAGUAAAUUAAUUUCAUUCAUUCAUUCCUUUAUUAUUAGAAACUUAUUCUCCAUAUAUGUUGAAUCCAUAUACUGUAUGUUGAAUAUGCUUGCCUGCUGUACACUGACUAAAAGGCUCUCAAGGUUAUGCAAGCAAUUAAAUGUAAGUUUACCAGUUGAACAGCAUCUCUAUUUUCCCUGUAAUUAGUACCAAAUUACACAGUUCUUUACAGAAAACGUCUUGGAAAUCAUUCUAAACAUGGCAAAUAAAUGCUAAAAAGCCCAAAGUAGUAGGAUAUUAAAGCCACUAUGUGCUUCUAGUGGUACUAUCAAAAAAGACUCUGCACACCCUACCUUUAUGAAUCCGACCAGAUUUCGCUGGGAUUAUCUAAUUUUUCCAAAAACAAAAAUGUAAACCAUCAUAAUAAUAUAAAGGAUUCUCAGAUCACAGAAAAAAAUCUACGCAUAGGGGCUUUAAAUAAUGUUGAACCUUUAAAACAAAUUCUAAUAUCGUUUUUGUUUCCUGUCACAUUCCAGGACAGUGUUGUUAAUAUUUAAGUUACUCCAUGUUGUAAAAUGUAUAUUGCAUAUCUUGUGUUUCUAAACUGUAAAUACCAAGAAAUGAAUUCAGGUGUUUCUCACCGUUUGCAGUGUUAUGUAGCAUGAAACAAACAGCCCUGAUGAUAUUUGCUCACGUUUGGGUGCUUGCGUACAAGUGACUGCAUGCACUGAGACUCUUACAUGAUUAUACAGUACAUGUUUGUGUAAACUGUACAAAUAUAUUUGUCUGUAUUUGGCCUAAACAAUGGAAAUAUUCAUUUUCAAUGACAGAAAAGGUUGUGUUUUUAAUUUAAAGGCCUCGACAACCAUCUUUGCAGUGAAGUCUGAAAAAACAUUCUACAUUGUACAGUAUUUCUUCACAAUUUGUCUGUGGAUCCCCAAAUGGAUUUGUUUUGUUCCCAAAAGACACUUCUUCUGAAUAUGAUUGAUGUGAAUUUGAUUUAACACUGCCUUUUGGACACUGUGAACUUUUGGUACUCUAUAUUUUUGUAUAAUGUACACUGUAAAAAAAAGAUGAAUAAAUCAAUGUUGGUGCCAAUAUUUUGGUUAUCCAUACUAAAAACUUAA